AUGAAUGGAGGUCAUCGUCUUAAAUUUUAGAUAUCAUUCAGUGAAGAUGAAAUAAAACCAGAGAUUAUUACUCUUAAUCAAUUCGAUGAUGCACUAAAAUUUGAGGAUAGAUAUGAAGCAUUAUAAACUUUGGGUAUAAACUUAUAAAAAUUCGUAUUAGGUUAGGGUGCCCAUGCUGUAGUGAAAGUAGCAAGAAAGAAAGAUACAGAUGAGAUUUUCGCGGUGAAAAUAGUGAGAUCUGGAGAUUAAGAAAUAUAAAACAACGUUAAGAGAACUUUUAAUAACACUAGAUGUUUAAGACAUCCAAAUAUUGCAUAGGAUAUUGAAUUAUUUAUAAAUGAAAAGAUGGAAACUUCAUAUUUAAUAAUGGAAUAUUGUGCAUUUGAUUCAUUGGAAUCAAUUAUAAAGAAGAGAAAAUUGAAUGUAAUUGAACUUAGAAUUGUGAUUAAAUAAUUACUUUUAGCAAUUCAACAUGCUCAUCAAAAAGGUAUAUGCCAUAGAGAUUUAAAACCUGAUAAUGUUCUAGUAGAUUUGAGUGAUAAUAUGGAUACAUCAGAAGUAAAAGUAAAGGUAGUAGAUUUUGGAGUAUCAAGAAGAUUUUAAUCAAAAGGUUAAGAGAUUGAAAUGUUGACAAAAACAGGAAAUGUAUUUUAUUGUGCACCUGAAAUAUAUCAUAAAUCGUGUUAUUCCAAAGAAGUUGAUAUAUGGGCAAUAGGAGUAAUAACAUAUUAAUGUUUAUUCUAAAAACUUCCAUUGCAUUCUGAUGAAUAUCAAGAUUUUGUUGAGUUGUUGAGAUGUCCAGAUAAAUGGAAGUUUAAAGAAUAAUUGAAAGAACUAGAAAUUCCUUUAUAGAAUUUAAUUAUAGGAAUGUUGGAAUAUGAUAGUUAGAAAAGAAUUUCCAUAGAUGAUGCAUUAAGAAAUUCCUUUUUUGAAUAAUAAUAAAGAGAAAGCACUCCUUUAAUUAUUAGUACGAAUUUGGAGAAUCUUAUUCAUAAUAGCAAUAAACAUAUGAAAUAAUUGCAAACUAGUUUGGCCAUCAACAACAAUUAUUUUGGAUAUCAUAAUUUGGGAAACAUGAUAUAAAAGUUGCAAGGAGAAAAAAACUAAGAUAGAGUAGAUGUAGAAGACUUGACAAAGAACUUUGGAAAUAUUCAUAUUGUAUAGAAAUAAAAUGAAAAGAGAGGACCAAUUUAAUUAAUGAAUUCUAUAGGAAGUAGCAAUGUUUUAAUGAGUAGAUUUGGAAGUAGACAAGAGAUAUCUUAUUAAGCCUAAUCUGAUGCAUUAAGUAUUAAAAAUUUAUUAUAUUAUUAGGGAAAAUAUGUGAUAUCAAAGGUUCUUCAGAUCCAUUCGGUGAUUUUGCUAUAUAAUAAAGUUAAGAAUUGAAAGAGCAAUAAUAAUAGGAAUCUAAUAUUCAAUAAAAUAACUAGAAAUUAUUUCAAUAAUUAGGAUCUCAAAUUGAAUCUAGUAUCAAUCUCACUUCUGAAGAUUAAACUAAAGUUAUUAAUCAAUUAGAUAGUUUGGGAAUUCCAAAAAGGAGUUCUGUCCUUACUUAAUUCUUUGGAGAUUUGGGAAUUAAAGAAGUGGAUGAAAUAACUGAAGACUUUUGA